AGGGACGAGGUAUGCGAGAAGAUGAAAAAGCCUCCCGGUGGCCGGUCGCAUCUUCCGGUGACGAAUCCCCUGGAAAUAACCUAUUCUGGCUUACAUUACUGCGUUCGCGAUGGACGGAGAGGGAUGAAGGAGAUCCUGAAGGGUCUGGACGGGCGGAUGAAGCCAGGGGAGCUGACGGCCAUCAUGGGACCCAGCGGGGCCGGGAAGACCUGCCUCAUGAACGUUCUCGCCGGUUAUAGAGUGAAGGGGGUGACAGGGAGCGUGGAGGUGAACGGGCGCGAGAGGGACCUGCGCGUGUUUCGCCACCUGAGCACGUACAUCCCCCAGCAGGACCAGACGAUCCCCACCCUCACGGUCAUGGAGUCCAUGCUUGUCGCCGCCAGUCUCAAACUACCGAGCUCUGUGUCUUUCGAAGACAAACUUGCAGCUGUUGAAGAGAUUCUGGAGCAUCUGGGGAUCCAGCACUGUGCCAAGACAAAGGCUGGGCAUCUGUCUGGUGGAGAGAGGAAGCGCCUCUGCAUCGCCAUGGAGCUUGUCAGUAACCCCCCAGUCCUGUUCCUUGAUGAACCCACCAACGCACUGGACAGUUCUACUUGCCUGCAAUGUGUGUCCCUCUUGAGGAUGUUGGCUCACGAGGGCCGAAGCGUGAUCUGCACCAUCCACCACCCCAGCGCAAAGAUCCUGGAGAUGUUCGAUCAUCUGAUUAUCCUCACCGAAGGCCAAUGCCUAUACCAUGGCACCAUCUCUUCAAUGGUGACAUAUCUUCGACAAUUUGGUCUGCAUUGUCCGCCAUAUCAUAACCCAGCAGAUUUUGUGAUGGACGUGGCCGUUGGUGACAACGGGCGGGAAGCCAUGAACACCUUGUUCGCCGCAGCCAAAGCGGAAGCCACAACGCCCUCCAAGCGGGAGGGCCCUGACCCCCAGGUUCCCCUGUGCCUUGAGGGCAAGCCUCCACCUUCCACCACUGUAUCUGGACUUUGGAACAGGUUGAAUAAUUCUGCCAGACGCGCGGAGACGAAGCCGCGAUCCACCCCCCCGUGUACCCAGUACCCCGUGUCCUUCGCGGUGCAGGUCAAGUACUUGUUCAUGCGGUUCUACAAGAUCAACACCAGGGACUGGAUGCUCUUGCAUAUUCGAUUGGGGGCACACGUAUUGGUGGCUCUGUUUCUGGGAUUCCUCUUCUCCGGCCUGGGCGACAACGCCACCAACGUGCAUGGCAAUGUCGGGACGCUCUACUUCAGCGUCCUCUUUGUCGUCUGUGGCUCCAUGAUGCCGACCGUGGUAACGUACCCAUUGGAAUUCCCUGUGCUACGGAAAGAGACGCUCAACAAGUGGUACUCCCUUAAAGCGUACCACAUGGCCAAGACACUUUCCGACAUCCCCUUCGCUGCGUUUUGUACUUCCGUGUACCUGACGAUCACUUACUUCAUGACUGCACAGCCGAUGGACGCUGACAGGUUUUUCAGGUAUCUUGCUCUUGGCGUGUAUGUUGCGCUCAUCUCCCAAACUCUUGGAUUCAUGUUCGGGACGAUCUUUCCCAUUCAGACGGCAGCCUUCCUGAGUCCUGUGGCGAUCAUCAUGUUCAUCCUGUUUUCUGGGUUCCUGCUGAGCGUGAAGUCGAUUCCUGGAUACCUGCGCUGGCUCUCCCACUUGUCUUUCCUCAAGUACUACUUCGAGGGGACGAUGUCCUGCAUCUACGGUAACAACCGUCCGGACCUCCAGUGCGACAAGCCCUACUGCCACUUCAAGGAUCCUGACAAGUUCCUGCGGGAAUUGACCAUCGACGAUUUCGUCUACUGGAAGGAUUUCUGGGUCCUGCUCCUCUUCGUCGUCAUCUUACGCCUUCUGGCUUAUUUUGUGCUUCGGUGGAAGCUUCAUCGUGCCCGAUGAUGCAAAAUGUGAUUUCCACAUUUUGGGAGAAUGUUCCCUGGGUGGGAUUCUGCUGUGUCUCUUUGCUUCUCAGAAUUUUUGUGAGGAGGAUAUGUUAAUUUGUGCGAUAAUUGCGACACCGUUUCCUUUUCCCAACAAACCGAGAAAAUAAAAACAAAAAACUGAAAACAUGAUUUGGAGAGUGUCGCAUUUGACAGUGUCGCAUUUGAC